AUGGCAGCUCUACACACUCUUAAUAGUCUCGGCGAUUCGCUAAUUAACCCAGAUAUUCAAAUCGGAGUAGCAAACCUGCCCAACCAACGGUACAAAAUUGUAGCCAAGCGUGGUGCAACUUUUACCAUCAUGGUGGCAGGUGAGUCUGGGUUAGGCAAAACCACAUUUGUUAACACACUAUUUGCUACCACUGUCAAGUCUUAUGUUGACAAUAAACAACGGUUCCAUACCCCUAUCCGUAAAACGGUGGAAAUUGGUAUUACCAAGGCAGACCUUGAAGAACGAGGAUUCCAUCUCCGAUUGAAUGUAAUUGACACCCCAGGGUUUGGAGAUAAUGUAAACAAUAAAGAGGCAUGGCAACCAAUUGUGGAAUUCCUUGACGAUCAGCAUGAAGCUUUCCUUCGCCAGGAACAACAACCUGAUAGAAGAAGUAUCAUUGAUAUGCGUGUCCAUGCUUGUCUCUACUUUAUCCGCCCUACAGGCCAUUCACUCAAACCUUUGGAUAUUGAAGCUAUGCGCAACUUAUCCACCAGAGUCAACCUGAUACCUGUCAUUGCCAAGGCCGAUACCCUUAGCCCUCAGGAGAUUCAUGACUUUAAGAGACGUAUCCGUGAGAUUCUUGAUGCCCAAAAAAUCCACAUUUAUACUCCUACCAUUGAUGAUCCUGCUGUUGUGGACCCUCAUGGUUACUAUGAUCCUACGGGACCUGCUGAUGGUUCUACACAACCAGAUCCCAUGGCUACUUCUGAAGCUAAGGCUAUUCGUGAGCUAAUUGAUGCUAUGCCAUUUAGUGUGAUUGGAUCUGAGAAUGUGGUGGAACGACCCGAAGAUGGUGCUAUUGUUUUAGGUCGCAAGUACUUGUGGGGUGUUGCAGAAGUAGAAAAUGAUAAUCAUUGCGAUUUCCUUAAGCUAAGAUUAUUGCUAAUUCGGUCCCACAUGUUAGACUUGGUACAAUCUACUGAAGAUGUCCAUUAUGAAAACUAUCGUUCCAAACAAAUGGAAACUAGGAAACUUGGAGACCCUCGUCCUCGCAAAUGGGAUAACCCAAAGUAUAAAAAGGAAGAAGAAGAACUUCGUAAAACUUUUACUAACCAGGUCCGUGUUGAGGAACAAAGAUUCCGUCAAUGGGAACAGAACCUGAUUAGUGAACGUGACCGGUUGAAUCAUGAUUUGGAGGAAACUCAUUCGGCGAUCCGUCGUCUUGAGGAGGAAAUUGAUACGCUUAGCUCGUAUAGCAGAAGAAGAUGA